GCUCCGAACGUGUACACAUAUUAACGGAUUUAAACAGAAUGAAGCCAAAACAUUCCGACUGGCAGCCAUUAGACCUUGUUGACAAGGAAGCCAUUCAGCCAUUACGAUCAUAUAACAGUCGUGUAGCAUCGGGUGACAAUCGUUAUUACACACUUGACACAGAGGAACACGAUUUUUACGACCCAGAACUUGAUAAUGAUAAUGCGGAUGAUGAUGAUCAUAUAGAAUUUUUAGGAAAAGAUCCAAUAGAACAAAAGGAAAGUUCGAGACAUCGUCGACAGAAUGACAAGUUGAAGAUUCUACUAGUGUUUGGUGUAAUACUGCUCACUUGCCUAGUGACUGUGAUCAUCUUUCAACAUUUUAGAACAAAGAGUAUAAUAGACAAGGUGUGUACAACAGAAGAAUGUGUAAAGGGGUCAGCAUAUAUUGUAAAUAAGAUGGACAGCAGUGUUGACCCCUGCAAGGAUUUCUACUCUUUCUCCUGUGGUAAUUGGGAGAAAAUGACCGCCAUUCCUCCAUCAAAGUCAAAGUAUGGUUCUUUCUCCCAAAUAUCAGAUGAGAUUACCAAGAAGUUAAAAGGGAUUAUGGAGCAGAAAGAGAUCUUGUAUAAAGGUGUAAAAUCACGGGCAAUACACAGUGCCAGGACCCUGUACAACAUGUGCAUGGAUCAACAACAAAUUGAACAAGAUGGUAUAGACCCUAUAUUAAAGUUGAUUGAUGACCUUGGCAGCUGGGAUAUGACACCAGGUACGUUUGACUCAGAUAAAUGGAACCUUCCAGAUGCUAUACUGUCAAGUCACAUUUAUGGGUUCGGUCCAUUUUUUGGGAUGGGGAUAUCAACAGAUGAGAAAAAUAGCAGUAAACAUAUGAUAAAGUUUGAGCAGUCUGGGUUGACAUUAGGUGAUCAGAAGGAAUAUUUCAGCAACCACACAAAUUAUAAACAGCUUAAGAAUGCAUUAAUCAAAUAUGUAACAGACUUUUCAAUACUUCUGGGAGCAGAUGAAGAUGUUGGAAGUUCUGCCAAAGAUCUUUAUGACUUCGAACAGAAAUUAGCUAUGAUACAUGUAUCCAGGGAGAAAUUGUUGGAUCCAAUACAGAACUAUCAUAAUAUGACUUUACAACAUUUCCAAGAUAAUUAUUUAGGAGACUGGUUAGACUUGAAGACUUAUAUGCAGGGUGUAUUUGGAGAUAUCAAAACUAUUACCAUGGAUAUGGAGAUAAUAGUAUAUACACCAGAAUAUUUUGUCAAGCUUCAGGAUAUAUUAAAAGAUACACAUAAAAGUUUGUUAGCUAACUACAUAGUGUGGCAUUCUGUAGACGGCCUGGUAGGAUAUCUAACAGAUGACUUCCUGAAAGUAGCAUUACAGCUUGAUAAAGUGGAGUCUGGAAUUAAAGAAUACCCUCCCAGAUGGAAGAGAUGUCUUGCAAAGACAAAAUCUGCAUUUGGUUUUGCUAUUGGAGCAUUAUAUGUGGAGCAAAAUUUUGCUGAAAAUAGCAAGACAGAGGUUGAGUCUCUUUUCGAAGAAAUCCGUACAGCAUUUUUAAAGAACCUUGACAAUAUAGAAUGGAUGGAUGACAAAACUAGAGCAUAUGCUAAAGAGAAAGCAGCUAGUGUGAACAAAAUGUUGGGAUAUCCAGAUUAUAUCCUCGACCCAAAAGAACUUGAUGAGCACUAUGAAAAUGUGACUCUAGUUGAGGGAAAGCUGUUUGAAAGUAAACUUGCUAUUAUGAUACAUGGAAGAAAAAAGAACUUAGGAAAAAUAGAUGACGUACCGGAUAGAAAUGAGUGGGAUAUGUACCCAAUGGAGGUGAAUGGUUACUAUAGCUCUGAUUUCAACCAUAUAGCUUUCCCCGCCGGAAUUCUACAGCCACCUCUAUUUAACCCAACAUCUCCCAAAUCAUUUAAUUUUGGCUCAUUUGGAAUGAUAUGUGGUCAUGAGCUUACACAUGGAUUUGAUAAUAGAGGUAAAGAUUUUGACAAGGAGGGUAACAUGGUAAACUGGUGGACAAAAUCUUCAACAGACAAUUUUAACACACUUACAAAAUGUUUUGUAGAUUUUUACCAUGACUACACAGUAAAUGGAACAAAUUUAAAUGGUGAGACAACUCUAGGAGAGAACAUAGCUGAUAAUGGAGGUAUGAAGAUGGCGUAUCUAGCCUACAGAUCAUGGUUAGGGAAGUCACGUGAAGCUGACUCUCUAAAUUUACCUGGCAUGCAGUACAACUCUGACCAGCUGUUCUUCAUAGGAAUGGCUCAGGAUACUGCAAACCCCUGCUGA